AUGCUCAUCAACACUUUCUUCAAAGUCCUUGCCUUCAGCCCUGCUGUACUCGCCGCCAUCGAGCCUCGUGACAGUCACGGACGGUGCUUCUGCUAUCGAAAGAAUUCUGGUGUUCAGAACCUCGACAUCGGCCUGACCAGCACUGUCUGUAGCAACUUCAUCACUUCGGUUGGAUUCGACCAGUCCGAUCAUAAGUGUUAUACCACUUCAGGACACAGCGACAUUGAUGGAGACACCUGGGAGGCCCAUUGCAAGAACUACGCACAGGCGGGAUAUCAGUAUGAAGGUAUCCACUACAGGUGGGAUCCUAAGGAUGUGAAGGGCGUCUGCUCUUAG